GGAGGAAGAAGGGGAGUGAUCAGAGGGAGGAGGGCUACUAGAGGGGAGACAGGAGAAAGAGGAAGAAAAAGCCAUCGCAGAAAGAGAAAGCCCAGGCAGUACCAAGCAUGAGCACUGUGACCACGAUGCUUCUUCGGCUGCUGACACUCUUGCAAGGUCCCCUGUUCACUCGGGCCUUCAACAUGGACACCGAGACCCCAGCCAUCUACCCUGGGGACCCCAAGGAGGAAUUUGGCUACCAAGUGGUGAUUGGCCGAUCCCAAAACCAGCCUUGGUUGAUGGUGAGUGCCCCCCGUGCUACAGAUCGUGCAGGGAAUGGAACUGGAGCCCUGUAUCUUUGUAAACAGCCUGGAAGUCACUGUCAACCUGUGCCCGUGCCCACUCUGUUCCUCUGCCCCUUCUCCUUUCCCCCCUUCUGCUCUUUUGGCCCCCACCCUGAACUCCCUGCUCCAUUCUCUGUCCCUGCUCUUCCCCUCCCGCUCCUUCCUACCUCCUUCCCUCCCUUCUUGUCCCCCAGACACAGAGAACAUCUCUCUGGGCCUCUCUCUCCGAUCCAAGGGGACUGCAGGGAGCAAGAUCAUUUGGGGAGGGAGAAACCCCUUCCUCAGCGGGGUCUGCUAUGUCUUCCAGAGCCCCACCGAGGCCCCCAAGGAGCUGCGCCCCCCCAGCCAGAAUGCGUGUCAGGGGUAGAUGCUGUGAUCCUGUGUGAUGACUCCAGCAGUAUCAAUACAGAGGACUUCCGGCGUGCCAAGACCUUCAUCAGCAGCCUCAUCAAGGCUGUCCAGGGUGCCAACAUCCAGUUCUCUGUGGUCCAAUUUGCCACUACCAACGAUGUGGUAUUUGACUUCAAAAGAUACCAGCAGACAAAGGGCAACAUCGACAAUGAUCUCUACAACUUCCCCCAUAUUGGGGGCCAAACCCACACCCCUUCGGCCAUUCUCUUUGCCACCAAGAACAUAUUCACCCCUGAGCGGGGGGCCCGGCCCCACACCAAGAAGCUGCUCAUCAUCCUGACAGACGGACAGUCCAAUGACCUGAAAGUUACCUUUGAGGAUGCCAACAAGGCUGCUGAUGAGGCUGGACUGCUCCGGUUGGCCAUUGGAGUGGGCCAAGCCUUCAAUAACCCCAUUGCCCAGGAGGAGCUGAAGGUCAUUGCCUCACCAGGGGAGGGCAAGGUUUUCCAGGUGGGGGACUUCGGUGCUCUGGCCUCCAUCCAGAAACAGCUACAGGAGAGAAUCUUCAGCAUUGAAGGGAGCGAGCAGACGACCAAUGCAAGCAGCCUGCAGAAGGAGCUGUCUCAGGCCGGCAUCAGCAGCCUCCUCACCGCUGAUUCCGUGGUACUGGGGGCUCCUGGGGCUUAUGAUUGGGCUGGAGGCCUGGAGCUCCUUGACACCAACGCAUCUUGGACCUUCUACAACAUUUCUGUGGCUCAAAAUGGAACCCGCGAUGCCUACCUGGGCCCUGAGAAGUGUCUGCUUGCAAAGAGUCACUCCUUUCCCAGUUGCAGGGCUUCAGUCUGGUCUCUCUGUGGCAAAUGA